AUAAUGAAUUUCGCAAGAGAAGUUAUAGUUCCAACAUCUUCUAAUGCAAACUCCAAUACAUCAGAACGACAUAGAAAGCUAAAAGAAAUAUUUUCUGGAGCAAUAGGCGCGUUAGAUGGCACUCUUGUACAUGCAAUCGUGCCUGCUGAUCAACAGACUCAUUAUAGGGGAAGAGGAAAAGGUGAAUGCUUUCAAAAUGUACUAGCAAUUUGUGAUUUCGAUAUGAUAUUCACGUUCGUAUGGGCCGGAUGGGAGGGCAUUGCACAUGAUUCACGAGUUUUAAAAGAAGUAGCAUUUAACCAGACUUCCGGCUUUCCUUUUCCCCCCACCAGAUAAUUAUUACCUUUGUGACGCUGCAUACACCAACACUCGUGGAUUUAUGACUCCCUACCGUAAUACGAGGUAUUGGUUAGCCGAUUUUCGACGACAACGUGCAUUAACUAAGGAAGAAAAAUUCAAUCAUGCACACGC